AUGUCGACUCAUUCUUCUCAGGUUGCGCCGCUCGCGGAGCAUCAGGGCACCUCUAGGUCGUGUAAUGGCAAUGUGUCCGUACCGUUGGUGAAAUCCUGCUGUGUGCCUGGAGAUGGCGCUGUUCCGAUUACCAUUCCGGUUUACAGCCCAUUCUACCAAGGUACUCAGCUACUCUCGGGGUCUGCCGGUAUUAUACCUCAACAGCAAUACGUGUUCGCGUCGCCGACCAGCAUGAACAAAGUGGUAUAUCAUGGACAACCCGUGCAGCAACAGCAGCCGUCGUAUCAAAUUCAAACCGACGUUUUCAGGAAUCAACAGCAGCAUGACAUUCCUUCCGAUGAACCAAUAAACGUUACGCAUUAUAUUUGGAAGCAAACGGAGGAACAAACUCGUCCAAUAAAGCAACAAGGAACGUUUGCUAAGCUGAGGACGCUCUUUAACUGGCAGGAGUCGAAUUCUGUUUUUGGUGAUGAUGCGCAAAACGAGCAAGCAAAGGUGGCGGAUGAGCUUGGGGCCCAGCAGGGUGAAGGCAACCAGCAAGGCGGUGACAAUGACCAAUUGCAAAAAGGCAAGAAGCAGCAGCCCAUUGGCUUCUUCAAUUCGUGUUGCAUGAACGUUGCGGAGCUUCCAACUUUUGAAAACUGCGCCGGCGGUGUUUGCAACAUGAAUAGAUAUGGCAAGUCCAACACUGCGCAAUGUGAAGACGGGAAAACACGAACUUGCAGAACGCUUUUCAGCAGUGCGCUAAUGGGCAGGCUCAUGGAUCGUUUCAACAGGCUAGUAUCUACUCGCAACAUGCAACCUUCAAUUCAGGUGGGCUCAUCUAAUGUCAGCAACAUUGGCUCCGUUCGUCGUGACAGCGUUGUGGAAAACAUGCACACUCCUUAUUGUUUCAGUAUGUGCUACCCGAGAACCGUAUCCAAUCACUUCGAAUCUGUUGUGCCGAUGAACUCCAUCCAGACCCAGUCGUCGAUACCGGUGAACAGCGCUGCUGUAGGUUGCUUUGGUGCAUGCUGCGGUGCAGGUGCCGUUAACAACUUCACAACGCUGGCCAGCCAAGGAACUAUGGGCUUGCGCAAUCUGUUUACCAUGAACCCGGUUUCGCAGAGAAGCAUCAUCUCCAAUCAAUCAGUGCCGAUGGAGCAGCUUUCAAGACAGUUGUCUGCCAUGAGCGUGAACCCUGCACAGGAAAUGGUUUCAGGUGUUGCACAAAAUCAAAUUGUGGUUAACGACACAGUGGUGGUUGACAGAAAUGGACGAACCGUGAGGAAGAGCGCCAUGAAACCGACGACCUUUAAGCUCCAUGCAAUCGAAGUUCAUCAAUUUGUCCCCGUUCAGAACGCUCCUGUUUCGCCAUUCGUUGAAACUCUAUCCGGCAUGAAUCAUGCCGGUACUCCCAUAUUCCAUCACGGUUACGGUAUUCAGCACCCCAACUCUUUCUUCAAUCCAAACACGACUGGCCAUAUCGCCCCUGUUAUAAAAGACGUGAUGCAAGGUGUGACAAACCCCAAAAUCCCCCACAUGUACUCCGUGGACUCCAGCCAUUCUUGUCAAGCCAUUAGACUGCCGACUGAAGAGUCGCAGAUAACUCCGAGGGAGGAAGUAAAGGAAACCCCGGCGGAGCAGGAGCAAGCAGCCGAAUCCCAGAGGGAGUAG